AUGUCCGAAACAGCAACUGCUUCUUCCGACACCCGCCAGGUGAUCACAGACAGAGCGGAUAAUGCCGAUAAUGAGGCAGACAAAAAGGCCGAGCCUGACUAUGAGGAGAUUAUUUGUAUCCUCAACGCAGAGAUUCGUAUCCUCGAUUUAGCUAUCCAGAAGAUCGAGAAGGAUGACCCCCGAGUGGAUGCCCUGACCAGACAGCGAGACGAGCUAAUUAACGAGCGCCGUAUGGUUCGUCUCAGUGAGAUCUCCAGGCCCGGGCUUGCUCCGAAAGAUGAAAUGUUUAUGUUUUGA